AUGAACACUUCCAUAAAAUAUUCCGCCUGUUCCAUUCUCUUCUCUUAUCUGAAGAAAUACUCAAAUUGGUCUUAUCACGUAUUUCUGAAGGUGUGUCACGAAAAAAUCGUUGAUUUAUCAUUUUCGAAAAACUGGCAUGACCUUGACGAUUCUUGGGCCAGUCAAUUCUUGGAAGAGGCAGGAAAUUUAUUGGAAGAAGAGUAUGAAAAGAAGUAUUUGAAAGAAAAGUUGGCUCUCAGAAACAGUGUUGGUAUUUUUUAUCUUGGAUAUUCCAUUCUUGAAAGCUGGCCAAUUUACAACACUACUACUGAGGGGUUAAUCAGGAGAAUUACUGUGUUGACAGACUUGAUAGAUAAAGAACGUUUGCGUUACGUGAAAUAUUUGCAAGCAUUUUGGCUGGGAGUGAUCGAAGAAUGUGUAAAAAAUUCCAAAAAAAGAAAACUGGUUGAAGAUAAACCAUCAAAGAAGAAUCGAAGCGAUAUUAGUUGGGUUCGUGGGGAUGUGCCUGCUACUGAACAUGCCAUUAUGGUAAGAGUUAGAAAAGAUGACACCAUUGGCGAGUUAAAAGAUAUGAUCAAAGAGAAAAUUGAUACUCCUGUCAAAGCAAAAGACAUUAAACUCUGGAAGAUCGAAAUACCAGAUAAUAAUGAUGAUGAAUUAGCAAAUUUCUCUCUUCAAGACCGUGAUAUACUUCCUGCAACCCAGGAAAUUGUUUUGUCCGAGGACCAUACAGAAGAAUGGAAAAAAUGCAAUACGAACUCUCUGAGAAACGGUAUAAACUGUCUUCUCAAUGAUCAUAAUGUCGAUAAAUUGUGUUUAUACAUUGAGCCGAAAUUGAAGGAAUUGAUCAAGAGAGGAAAUCUAUAUGAUGAUAGAGAGUUGGUUACCAAAGUAUUAUUCCAUGCUUUGCUUUUAGACAUUCCAAAUCACUUGGUUGAUACGGAGGUUCCUAUUAAUGUUUACCACAAUAAAGUGAAAAAAAACAACACUCUUUAUGCUGAUUUGCUGAUAGUUGAGGUCAAUAAUGCAAAGAGGAAUCGGUUUAUAUUCGAGUUUAAGAAUAAAAGUGUCAACUUCUUGGAUUUGCAAAUUAAAGGCAAAGAUUCUAACUGGGAAGUAAUGGAACGAAGGGCAAACAAAGUUGAUAAAAUGUCAAGAAGAGAUGUGCUUCAAUUGAAAUGUGGCAAUGCAGAGAAAUUUGAUAAUGGCAAGACUAUAAAGAAAAUCUUUAAUGGUGCACGGGAACAACUCCUGAAGUAUGUUCACAAUUUAAAAGAAGAUGAUCGUCAAAAUCAUCGCGAGUUUAUCACUUCGGCAUUUGUCGUGAUGGCAGUAUUUUCGCAGCAGCACGAAUGUUUGGGAUAUUUCUCGGUUAAUUUUGCCGGUGGCCUUCAUGAGUUUGCUGAUUCUCAAUUUGGUCACAUUUUCGUUAUGGAGAGAAUCUCAAAAUUGCUUGAAACCCAAGCUUUCGAAGAAAAUAGUUUUACAACGGGAUGGUUGGACACGCUAAUAUUUGAUGAAAAUCUAACGGCCGAAAAGUCUUGUUUUGUCACAUUCCAAA